AAUAUGGCAUCGCGCAUGGCGGGUCGGGCAUUUGGGCGGCGCAUUCUCCAGGCGGCGCCGUCGGCGUCGCGGCGGUCGGCGCCAUUUGGAUUCGCGGGCGCCGCGCCUCGCAAUCCAGUAAGAUCCAGGAUCUUCCGGCGGGAGCUUCUGUCGAUGCGGCCGCUCCACAGCGCGACGGCCGACUGCUGGAUGGUGUCGCGGAUCUCGGGCUGCGCAACCUGCUAUGAAGGUGAUCUCAGCUGUCUCUUGGUGGGUGUUUCAGGCAUCUAUCUCAAGUGGUUGACGAUGUGCCUCGAGAAUUCGCAGUCGGUGGCAACAACAUGAUCAAGUGAAAGAAACCAAGACGAGAAAUACCUCCUGUGGUGCCAGCUUUGCCUAGACUUGUCAUCAGUUUAGUUAUCUUGUUCUCAUGAUUGUUCUCAAGAACUAUCUGCAAUUAUUCAAGUGCACACAUUUUUCUCGUUCGUUUUAAA